UUUAAUAAGAAGCAGUACACAUUGUACAUUUGUUGUUUUUGUUUUUGUGCUGUUAAAGAGAUUUUCCCACCUGUGGUCAGACAAACACGAGUCACACACACACACACACACACACACACACUUUUGAGGUAUAUUGUUUGUUUUUGGUGAAAUCUGUCUGGGACUUGAGGGGUAUUUCUGAAGUGUGUAACCUGCAAGACAUGAGACCCGCGGCUGAUGGACAUGUGAACUGAUGAAAACCACACAGUUCAGCCUUCGCACGCACAUGAAGACACAAACACACACACACCACGGCUGGGAGGAAGUGAAAUCAAAUCACUAUUUUAAAGAUCACGAGGCCUUUGGAGGAAUAGUAUAUAAAGCCACACUGAAACCCGAAUAUCAGCAUCUGAUCUUGAGCGUUUCUACAGAGAAAUCCACUAGAGAAUCUUCAGCCAUCAUGAACGUCCUGCUGAUGUUAAGCGUUAUUUUUGGAGUCAGCAUCACUCUGGUGGCUGGAGCGGUGCAGCCUCUCGGUGCAGGCUACAACAGCCGCUGUGUGUGUCUGAAGCUGGAGUCUCGGGUCAUCCCUCAGGAUAACCUGCGGCGAGUGGUCAUCCUGCCACGGGGCCCUCACUGCAAGACCACCGAGGUCAUUGCUGGUUUAUCCAGUGGCGAGAGGAUCUGCCUGAACCCCAGAACACAAUGGGUUAAAAAACUCAUCAUGUUCAUCGAGAAAAAAGAGCGAGCCAACAAGAAACUGUAGAAGACAUUUAUACUCUGAUCAACAUUUCUGCCAGUCAGAAAACAGCACAUAUACAGUAUAUAUUCAGUUUUGUCUUGGAGAAUAAUUGUUUUGAAAUUCUUUUUAUAUUGUGAGUCAUUGAUAAUAAUUAAACCAAGACACUAUGAACUGAAAUGAUGUGUCUCUACACUACACACACUGUCUUUACACUGAUUUAUAUAUCGUUUUAAUUGUUUACUAAUGUAAUCAUCAUGCUUUUCUGUGUUUCUUGUCAUUGUUUCACUGCAGGAGAGUUAUUAAUGUUUUUUUAAAUAAAUAUUUUAUAUGAUAAAGUCAA